AUGGCGUUAUUCCAGCCGUUUUCCGUCUCUGGAAAAACGGCCAUCAUAACUGGCGCCGGUUCUGGUAUCAAUCUUGCGUUUGCGGAACUUCUUCUCUCGCGGAACUGCAAUGUCGUCUUUGCAGACCUGGAGCUGCGGCCAGAGGCAAAAGAUAUUAUUUCCAAAUACCAGAGCGAUGGAAAAAGCCAGGCUUCCUUCAUCCGGACAGACGUAACCUCGUGGUCCGACCUUUCUAAAAUGUUUAGCUUUGCCCUGGAAACCUAUGGGGAUUUCGACAUUGUUUGCCCUGGAGCCGGAGUAUACGAGCCUCACUGGUCCAAUUUCUGGCAUCCGCCCGGGUCCAGCGAAAGCAGGGACGCACUCGAGGAAAAUCACUAUAAGCUGCUGGAUAUCAAUCUGACGCAUCCCAUUCGUGCAACACAGAUGGCAAUAUCGCAUUGGCUAUAUCCUCGCCCGCCCGCCAAAGGUUCCAAGUUCAACAGUGCUCCGCCAAAAGUAUCACUCAGCAACCCAAAGAGGGUCGUUCACAUCUCUUCGGUUGCUGGGCAGAUUCCUGUAUUUAGAGCCCCGCUGUACGGCGCAUCCAAGUUUGGUAUUUCUGGCUUCAUUCGCUGCCUCACACAGCUAGAGCCUCGAUUCGGAGUGCGCGUAAAUGGUGUUGCGCCUGGAGUUGUCCGUACUCCUCUUUGGACGGAGCAUCCAGAGAAGCUGAUGAAUGUUGACGCUGCCCAAGAUGCGUGGGUGACUCCGCAAGAGGUAGCCCAAGCAAUGCUACAAUGCGUUGAAGAGAACGAGUAUUUUGGGGGAACGAUCUUGGAAGUCGGCGCGGGUCAUACUAGGAAAGUAAAGGUUUACAACGACCCAGGCCCAAACAUGGAUCCCUCCGGGGGCAUUAUUACCAGCAAUAGUGCCCUUGGCGAUGAUGAAGUCAUUGACUGGCUGCAUGAAGAGGCCAUAUGGGGAGCUCAAGACUAG